GUUGUACGAACUGUUAAUAGUUAUUUCAAACUCUGUCUGAAUUCAAAAAUAUUUUUUUAGUUUAAAUGACUGAGGAAAAAGAUGAAUAUGGUACUAUAGUUGUUGCAAGAGUUGCAAUGGAAGAGAACAUGUUUAACCCGCAACCAGAUAUCCCUCGCAUUCGUAACGAUUCAACCCAUUCUUAUCAGCAGCCAGAAAGUAUGCUCGAAAAAUUGAACACGUAUUACACAUUGGCAGUGGUUAUUGCGCAGCUCACCAUUGGAGUGCUUGGUAACAGUCUGACACUUGUAGCGGAUGCAACAAGAAUAUUCGCUGAUCACUUGGAACUUUUUCAGUACGAUAGAGCAGCAACACCAGGAAAAAGACUCACAGAAAUCAUAACUGUCGGAAUUACUAAUGUUAUACUAUUUCUGUUAUUCGUUGCAUUUUUGCUCACCGCUUCUGGUAGAGCUGCCACCAUGGAAUUCGAUAUCAAUAGAUUAUACUUGUCAAUUGGUACUGCCAUGGCGAUGACUGCCAACACUCUGCAGACUUUGUGUCAUUUUAGAACAUGGCAAAGAGAACGAAGUUAUCAUUCAUCGUUGUACACUGGAUCGAAAAGAAAUCAACUGAUGCAUGGAUUUGUAUAUCAUUUUAUUGCAUAUUUUGUUCUAGUUUCUUCAUUACUUAUUAUUGUGAAUAAAGAUUACCUGAUCGCAGAUGUAAUCACAACUUAUGCCACCAGUCUUCUUAUCCUCGCCAACAUUUCCUCAAUAGGAUAUCAACUUUACCACGAAUACUUCUCCCUUGAACAUCCCCAGGAUGAGUACGAACCAAUUUAAGUUUUCAAAAAAAGUGAAUGGACCAUUCAUUUUUGCUAACGCGUCAAACACAUUAUUUUUUUUCCUUUUUAACAUAUGUGUACAUGAGUUGAACUUCAUACUCUAAUUACUUGUUUUCUUCCGCCUUUUUUCCGAAUAAAUUAGUUACAAAGC